AAUCUGUAUUCUUAAAAUUACAAUUAAAUGCCCCCAUCAAUUCCAUAAUUUCAAUGAUUCCACAAACCGAAUCGUAUACAUCCUAAUCAUUUUGACAUUUUCCUUUUGUAUUGAAAACAAAAAAUAUCUCACGAGCAACAUAUUUGACGUCACACACCUAUGUUCGUAGAAAAUCGUUGUCUGAUGUCGUCACAAAACGAAAAUGUUAAGCACUAAUAUCACGUGAUACCAUUAUGUCCGUGAUAUUGCUAUAGUUACGUCAUAUUGUGUUUGGAAUCUUCAUUCUACUGGAGACCAGCAAUGAUGGCAUCUUUUAGAAUUCUUCUCGUGUUAUUCCUACUAUUAGUGGUGAUAGCCGAAACUGCGGAUAUUGUCGAACCAACAGGCGCACAAAAAAUGUUCGAACAACAAAAGCCAGGUACAAGUACAAAGAGAACAACGUCUUCGUAUUUAUCUGAUGGCCUACUCGACUGUGCAGCAGAGUGGUUGGAAAUACUUAUGGCUGCGAUUGUGCCCAUUAAUAAUAUCGGGAUAUUUGGAUGCAUUUUCUUCGUUGCGAUCAGUGGAUAUGUGAAACAGAUUAAGAAAGCUCUCAAUCAAGAAUCAAUUGCACCAUGUCCUCGUGGUCAUAUUCACCCAGUUACUGGAAUACAAAGGAGUUGUGAAGUUGUUCAUGAUGAAGCGAGUAUGAAGGCAGUUUGGAAUUGUGCAUGUGCAACGAAUGUUGGAAACGAAAUUGGGUGCAACGUAGACAGGAAACAAAAUGGUUUCACAAUUGGUUCAUUUGGGCAAAAGAAUUGCGAAACGAGAGUUGAUAACAGUUCUGAUACAGAUCAUACCGAAACCAUGAAGCGCAUGGAUACUAAAGAGAGACGGCGACCAAGAAGACUUAGACGACGGAAAAGGAAGACAGAUGUACCGUUUACAAUUGAUCCAUCGUGUGUUGAUCCAAAAAUUGGAACCUCUGUUGAUCCAUGCUUUCCACCUAGCGCAAACACAAUCGGAACAAGUGUCGACGGGCCGGACGUACCUAGACUCGAGACUAAGGCUAGUGCGACACAGACCAUGAGCGUCAAAGAUUGUGAACAAGGGACAAAUGUUGAUUUUGCACGAUACAUUCCUGUCAUGAGACCGGUGCCCGCGGCGUAUUAUAAACAAAAAGCCUUGUUGGAUUGGGUCGAGGAUGCCUCCAGAAGGACUGCAAUGAAUUUACCAGAAGAAUUGUGUACUGCUAGUCUGCUUCCCGACCGUUGGACUACUCAGUUUGCUUUGGUCGUGUCCUCGGCAGUGAUAGCAGGAUUAUGUGUAGCGAGACUGCACUAACUGAUUGUAUCCACAGCUUUCAUUGGAGGACUGUUUGUAGCGAAGUUGCACUGAUUUGUUAUGCUCGCGGUGGUGAUUAGGACAGUUGUGUGUCCCGAUUGAUCGGAUUGGUUGUUGGGACAUGAUGGUCUUUGGAGGUCAUGUUAAUUGUCAUAGAGAUGAUGCAGGAUCAACAUGUAUCCAUGGCAGUGAUUGGAUAGGAGUAUUGAUCGAAGCAAGGAAUGUCUGAUUGCUUCGGACAUUUUAAGGACUCUCCGCGAGGUUGCAUUAAUUUGGUGUUUGGUUUCUAUAUAAUUUUAAAACAAAUAUAAAUAAAAUAAAAAUUAUUGAGACAAGAUUUUGUUACAAAUUCACUAGAUAGUACUAGGUA